UCUCUCUCUUUCUCUCUCUCUCUAGAAGAAUGGCUCCUACCUAUACCAGAGACUCUGCCAACACAAUGCUCUCUACUAAAGACAAACAUAAAGUAAGUUUUGUUUAUAACAUAUGUUUGUGUCAUAGUUUACUAUUGAAUCCUUUUCUUCAUGAUUUGAACUUAAAGGACAUAGAACUAACUGAAUGCCCUCUUUUCUUCAUCAGCUAAGGAAACCAGUUGUGGAGAAGAUGCGUAGAGACCGCAUCAACACCUGCAUAGAGCAGCUCAAGACCCUGCUGGAGAGGGAGUUCCACAAACAGGACCCCAAUGCCAAGCUGGAGAAGGCUGACAUCCUGGAGAUGACGGUGGGGUUCCUGAAGCAGCAACUGCAGCCUCAGAGCCCAGUCCGUCAGAGGGCUCACAGUGAGGGCCACUCCCAAUGUUGGAGGGAGACACUACACUUCCUGUCUGCCAGCUCCAUGAAGGACAUGACGCUCCAGAACCUCCGGAGAGCUGGCCAGGACAUCUGCCCCUCCUCUCCACUCUCCUCCCAACACCAAAACCACAGCCAAGACUCAGUGAAGCAGGCCAUCACUGGCCACAAAACAGUCUGGAGGCCUUGGUAGAACCACCGCAUAGACUCUCUAUCUCACAAACUGGAUGGGUGUUUACCUUAUUUUUUGCUGUAGGAAAUAUAUUUCCAAAUGGUAUAUUGAAAUGAUAUUAUUUUCUUGUUAUAUAUGAAAGGAACUCUACUGAUGUGAUUAUUUGCUCUCAGAGAAGAAGCUGAAAAACAUAUUUGUAUUAAUUCAUAAUGAAGAAUAUGUUUGAUAUUUCACGUGUAUGUUUACGUGUGUAUGUAUUUUGUGCUCACUUGAUGCACCAAUGUGUUCUUUAGUCCUUUCAUUUUCUAUGAAGAUGAUUUGUAAAGGUUAUAUCUUUACGUGUAUGGUUGCUUAGCCAACUGAAAUCUUGCUUUAACUCUAUUGUAUGUACUGUCCUAUUAAAGGAUAUUUACAAAUGCUUUGAUAUGCCUUUUGUAAAGGCUUUUUGGGACAUUGUUGUUCCACCAUAGGCACUGUUGUGCUGUGAAAUGUAUUGUUGACACUGUGUGGCUUUCAUUCUCACUUGAUAAAGUGAACAAACACCUAAAAU